CAUCGUAAUCCAACGCUCUCCUAGAUCAUAUCUCUCAAUCGAGGACGACAACAACGACACAGCACGAUGCUCUCACGAUUAACCACCCGAAGAGCGUUACAGCUCCCUCAGCGAAUGUGCGUUACGCAGCGCACUUUUACAAACUCAGCCCGUCUACUCGAUGCAAACACCGCCGCGGUUAAGGCCGAAACUACACCAGAAACCAAAACCGAAGAAGACUCGCUGGGCGUGGUAGAGAAUGAAGAGAGAGGCUUAAAGCAGGCGCCGAACCGAAAAGAGAUCUGGUCAAGGAGCCAAAGGCCAAGGGCGGCAGCCAUGACGGGCCCGAGAUUCGAGCAAACCGAUUUCUCUCUCCAGCCCCAAGCACAAGCAGCAAUUGAGCUCAUUCACAGGAAGCCAGUAGCAUGGACUCACGAUCGAGUAGUGGCAUGUGAUGGCGGAGGAGGCCCGGCAGGUCAUCCUAGAAUCUUCAUCAACACGGACAAGCCGGAGAUCGCAGUUUGCGGCUAUUGCGGCAACCCUUUUGCAAACGAACACCACCGAGAGCAUCUGGAAUCAUUGCCACAACCUUCCUAUCCGCUUGCAUAAAACGGUGAAAUCACCCGGCGAAUAGUUAGCCAUGAAUUAGCACCGAAUUGAUAUAGCUCUGUUCCUCAGGUUUGAUCGGCCAUAGACACGAGCUAAUUCAGCUAUGUAUAUAUUAUUAUCGACUGUUUAGACACCUAAAAUUAGCUUCAUGAAGAUAUCAGUAAAAGCAGUUCAUAUUCCCAAGA